GGUCUUAACCUAGUUUUAUUAACUUAUUUCGGGGGGGAAACCUCUGGAUCAUGGAAUCUCUGAGAAAAACAACAUCUAUGUAUUAGAAGCCUAGGAAACUUACAUGACAAGAAUGGUGCUUCCGCUAUGGGAAAUGUGCCUUUACCUGUUUCUUUCAUUUGGCUUUCACUUUUACUCUUUCUAUGAAGUGUACAAAGUUUCCAGAGAGUAUGAAGAGGAGCUUGACAGAGAAUUUGAAUUGGAGAAAAAUGCUCUGUUUUGGGGACUUAAAAAGGAUCCCACCGACUUUGAAUGGAGUUUCUGGAUGGAAUGGGGAAAGGGAUGUAUACUGUGGCUUCUGUUUGGCCAUCUAGCGGUAUCACAGAUAUCCAGACUCUUCCUGGAGAAGUACAAACCCUGGUGUCUCAUGACUUAUGGAAUGAUAGCCUGCUGGUUUCUAUUAGGAAUCAAGGGCUUGGCACUGAUUUUGCUGCAUAUAUUUAUUUCAUUUUCUGUGGCCCAGUUCCAAAUGUCAAUCCUGACGUGGCUGUGCUCACUUCUUUUGUUGUCGACUUUGCGCAUACCAGCUUUGGAAGAAGCAAAGAGAGGGUGGUAUGAUACUGAAAAUGAAUAUUACUUGCUUCUCUUCACCUUGACUGUUCGUUGCAUCUACUACACAAGUUUCAGCCUAGAGUACUGCUGGCAUGGGUCUACUCAGAAGCGGUACCACUCAUUCCUCUGGAUGCUGGCCUACAUGUUUUACUAUCCUGUGUUCCACAAUGGACCCAUUAUGAACUUUGAUGAAUUUAGUAAGCAGAUGAGGAGACAAGAAGCCUGCCGUCUGAAGACUAAUUUUCGCAUUUUAAUCCUGGGCAUGGUUCGCAUUUUCUUUUGGUGGUGGCUGGCAGAGCUGAUGAUUCAUCUUAUGUAUAUGCAUGCCUUCUACAGUAGUUCUCCACAUCUGGAAGCUAUGUCUGACUGGACCUUAGGUGGCCUGGCUUUAGCUCAAGUACUAUUCUUUUAUGUGAAAUACUUGGUUCUCUUUGGUGUCCCUGCACUUAUUAUUCAAAUGGAUGGACUCAAACCUCCUGCCUUACCUCGUUGUGUGAGCACAAUGCAUAGUUUCACUGGAAUGUGGAGAAGUUUUGAUGUUGGACUACAUCAUUUUCUGAUCAGGUACAUUUACAUCCCAAUGGGAGGAUCCCAGUGUAGUGUUGUUGGGAUGUUAUUCUCCACAGCAAUUACUUUUGCCUUUGUAAGUUAUUGGCACGGAGGCCAUAACUACCUUUGGUACUGGGCAGCACUAAAUUGGCUUGGAGUAACUGCAGAAAAUGGAGUUAAGAGGCUACUCUCUGUUUCACUUGUUCGAGACUUAAUUGAUCAUUUCUUUUUACCGAGAAUUUGUCGUCGACUUCAUGCUGUCCUGGCAGCCGUUUCAACUUCAAUGUUGAUUUUAUCCAAUCUAGUGUUCCUUGGCGGAAAUGACGUUGGGAAGAUCUACUGGGACUGGAUCUUUGUGAAAGGCUGGCCCUGGGCAACACUAUCCGUUAUUGGAUUCCUGUAUUGCUACUCUCAAGUUGGAAUUGAAUGGGAUCAGAUGUACAUUGCGGAUUGAUGGUUGUAUGCAGGUUUGAUAACUUCAUAAAGAAAAAAGGAAAAAGAUCAGUAGCAGGUUAUUGCACAAGAUUUAUCACAACGAAUGUAUACAUUCAGGUUUUUUUACACUGGAUGUAUGUUCUGUCUGCAGGAAAAUAUACCAUAUGAAGUAUAUUUUGACAAUUUAAAAACAAAAUCCUCAAAACUGGAAGCCAGUUAAAUUUAUUUUGAUUUGUGAACAAAUUGCUUGAAGUAGAACCACGGUUUUGUAUUUUUGAAGCAGAUACAAAUUCUUAUAACCAGUAUUCAAAACUGUAUAUACAUUUUGAAUAAGUAGCUUACUAUGCAGAUAUCAUGUUCCUUGAAGAAUUUAUUUUGUCCUCCUUGUAGUUUGGAUUAAAUUUAAAAAGCAUUAUAAUGAAAUGCCACCCAGCACACAUCCUGUUCUCCCACUGCAUGGUUCAAAAACAAAAAUUCUCCUUAAAUACUUGUCUGUUUGUGUGUUCCACAAUGAGUAUACAAGUGCCUUAUUCACUUAAGCUUGGAGCCUUUUUGCCUUAGCAGCAUGUGUAUGGUUAUGGUCUGUCUAAGUAGUACCUUGGUCCUCCCUGUGCUCUUUAGCAAGAGCUUAAAAGGCAGCCCCAACCAUCUAUACCUCAGUUCUUUUCCACCAUUACUGGAGACAGUGUACCUCUACUAGCCUCAUGGAUUUCAGCUUUUUCCCCUUAUUACUACUAUGUAGGUGUGCGUAGGGGUGGGGCUUCACGAGGAAGGGGGAGGUUAAUGUAAGCUUCUUUUGUAGUUGGUGGUGGUGUUUCUUUUGUUUACUUUACUGCCUAUUGGCACUUUAAAACAAAACUAAAAGAAAAACACCUGUGUUUCUAGUUUAGGAAACUUCUUCAGAGAAAACUAUGCUUUUUACAUCUUCUAGAUCCUCAGGCUUUGAACGUUGCCCGUCUUAUGUCCAUCCACACCAGCACUUGAAGUAUCUCUACUUUUUGGGUGAAUCCCACAUUGCAGAGAAAUGUCAAUCCUGCAGAACUUUUACUUCCCAGGAAGGAGAGUGAAGCAAGACUCCAGGAUUACCUGCUCAGUCAACAUACAAAGGCUGGCUUUGGACCUCUAUGCCAGAUUCCUGACUUUGGGAUUCUUCAAAGUAUUCCCCAUCUGCCUUAGGCCACCUUCUCCUGGGACUUUGCAUCCUUAAGUGGUUCUUGACAGUACUCAGAUACAUUUCAUCACCAAGAAUUCAGCACUAAAAUAUGGGUCCAGAAAACCAUUUCCCCUGGCAUCAGGAGUCAGUAGGAGGUCCCCAAAGGAGCAUCUCAACAUCGGCCUCUGCCACACUGACACCAGAUUAUCUGGAGACUGUCCUGGCAUUUUGUGCAUUUCUAGCACUAGACCCUUCAACAGCAGCCUCACUGAGGCAUCGCAGAGGUAGACAUCCACUCUGCCCCAUCUACUUGUCAUAGUUCUGCCUUUGUUGCUGUCUGAUGUCAUGGCACCUGUGGAUUUAUGUGUUCUUCAGGAACUAGAGUUACAGGCCCACUGAGUUUCAGUAUAAUAUUUAUCCAGACUGUUAGCACCAUUUCCUUUUCUGCAGUUUCUAUCAGCAAAAGUACCCUCAGUGCCAGCUCUUGGGAUUUCUCUUUCUGAAUCCUCCUUGGGUCUUGUUGAUGGAUGAUCAGGAUGUAGAGAAGUCUCACUGGUUUUCCCUGAGGCUGUCUACACUACAAUCUCUUGUUUCUCCAUUGUGGUCCAGGAAGCCUGUGAGUAACAUACAUGAAGCAUCAGGUCCUUUGCUGCAGGAAACACGUGUCAAGGCUCAUUUUCAGCAACACCUUUGUAGUCAUGUUGUCUCUGGACUCCGCUGACUGACUACAGGGACUGACCCUAAAGACUGGCCUGAUCCAUAGCCUUAGCCUUUCAGCUGGAUUUAUUGGAAAGAAAGUCCUGUUCUUUGGUGGCCUUUCAGUUUUGUGUGGUUAACUAUUGAUCUCUACUCUCUUGGAGUGUACAUACCUUCUCCAGAUUGGAAGCUUAACAGUUCUUGCUGCUGCCAGAAGCUGUCCACUCAAUUCUCUUCAUCCUCCUGUUAUCGCUACAGAUUACAGCUAUCAAGACAGAAGAGACGAUUCUUGCCUUCUAGCCAACAAAGAUAAACUUCAAAUCAUCCCCCUGGUUCCAGGGGAGUGAAAGCCCUGGAGGUCUUUCAGUCAUCAAGGAUGCUCCUCCAGAGAGAGAUUGCACUUUUGAAAGAGCCACCCAGAUACCACAUGAAGAAUUGCUGCAGUACAAAAAGAAAAUCCCCAGCAAUCGCACGCUAUUAGUUAUGACAUGCAAUCCCACACUGGAAUCUAUACAGAAGAUCCUCAAACAAUUGCAACCCAUACUAGAAGACGACCCAAUUCUUAAAGAGCUCUUCCCAGAACCACCCAUCCUAGCCCUUAAAUAAGCACCGAACCUUGCCAAUCUCAUCAUCAGAAACAGACUUCCUAUGGCCCAAAACACACCGAAUGGAUCCAGGCCAUUUUGGGACAAGAAAUAUAAAUGGAUCCUGCCAACAUAUCUCCACCUCUCCCACAAUAGCUACAUUGCACAACAGAACCAUCACCAUUCCUGGAUCUUACACCUGCACUUCCAGAAAUGUAAGAUAUCUCAUCCAGUACACUAAAUGCCCUGAUGGAUAAUAUGUAGGAAAAACCAAACAACUGUGCACCAGAAUGAAUGCAUGCUGAAAAUCUAUCAAAGACAAAAAUACCCAAUUACCUGUGGGUCCAUACUUGUCACAAGACAACUACUUUCUCUCCAAUCUCUCAGCUCUAAUCCUCAAAGAGAAUUUACAAAACACCUUUCAUACACGAGACAACAAACUUCACUUCAUAAAUCUACUGGACACAAGAAAUCAUGGACUAAAUAUAGAUUUGUGGCACUAAAUUUGUGGCACAAAUACAGAUUUGUGACUAAAUGCGGAUUUAUGGCACAUUAUAACCUGCCUGACAUCUAAUAACCUCAGGUAACCUGCCUGCAUUUUAUCAGUUACGCUUUAUCACCUGGUCAACAUUCCCUACUUCCCCCCACCCACCUACCUAUCUCAUACCUGUCCUCACUUCUCCCAUCCUCACUGCUGCACAUUUGCAUUUUCACAGGCCUGCAUUUUGCACAUUGGCUUCUAUUCCAUCCAGGAGAACACAAAACAACAGCAGACUCUCCUUAUGUCUGAAAAAGGGUGUUUGUGCUCGAAAGCUUCCAAAGAAAACAUUUUCAAACUACUUAGUUGGUCUAAUAAAAGAUAUCACAUUUACCCAAGAACCUUGUCUGCCACUUUUAAAUUUUGUAAUUAAGCAGAAUGAAUACUAAGGUGGAAGACUGUCCUCCAGCCAUGUACAUAAGCUUAGAUUCUAAACUUUUUAGCAUUAUAAUAUAGGGGGAUUAGCAUUUUGUAUGUUUGCUAAACAUCUCUUAUUCUAAGAUAUGGCAAUAGCGUUGUAAGUCAUCUGGACCAUGCUUCCUUCCAGGGUAAGAUUCGUGUGUAUGUAUAUGUACCUGUGCUUUGUACUGUCUAAUUGUGUUUCCUGUUUUGUUCUAAAUGGAAGAAAAACCAACAAAGCCUGUACAGAAGGAUGACAUGCAUCUAUAUGACUGGCAGAAUUGUAUUUUGUUAUAUGUAAAGAAAAAUAUUUUCUAGCAAGUAAUAAGCCAAUUAUGGAGAAAUGCCAAUUAUGGAAAAUUUUAACCAUAGGGUCUUACCAAAAUAAAAUUGUUUGCAUCUGAAGUA